ACUAAACUCCGUAGUAAUUUACUGAAAUGCUGUUGUUAUUUACUGCCCAUGAAAAGUCAGUUCAUCUUGGUUAACCUCAAAGGAGCGUCGCAUAAUUGCACGAGCGAAAACGCUGCUGUUGUCAAAUUAAAAUAUAUCGACGCGUCUGUACAAAAAUCUAGCGAGCUGGAGCUGCCUUGGUCAUCUAUUUCUCCGUCUCUUUUUCCUCAAGUACGCUCAUUUUAUUUUAACAGCAAGAAGUAUUACGUUUCUAUGCCGCAGCUGCAGACUCUGAGCAAUUACAUUCGGGUUCGAAAUUUCUUUCAACAUCACCGUUGACGCUGUGUGCAAAUCGCUGCGGCACGUCUCGCGACAAUAAGCUGAGCGAGUGCUCGCCGAGGUGUCUAAGCUGUGAUAAACUUGGGCAAGGCACAAGUCAUGAAGGAGCUGUUGAAUCAGGCUUCUGUGGGUUACAGCAGCUCGUUCGUCAACAAUAACAACAAUGAUGCAGGCACCAGCAGUAUCGUGGGUGACAACAGUUCGAGGAAGUAUGCCAUGCUCAGCACCGAUUGGAUCUCUACCAUCGGCGAGGAACUGGGCAUACCAGCUCCGUUGCCAGCCCCUCUUCUCAAGAGAUUAGCAGAGGAUGCCUCUUAUCGCCUGAGAGAAGUUCUACAUAAAUGCGUCACAAGAUUGAGACACAGUAAAAGAAAACGCCUGACGUCUAUGGAUGUAAAUACAGUAAUCACCAGCCUGUGUGACGCCGAUCCGGUCUUCGGUGCAUCGGAAUCCAUGCCGGAGUAUCAUACGGAAGCGAAGGUGUAUGUACCUAGCGAAUCUGUCGUCAGUCUCGCCAGUCAGUUGAACGAUCCGUUGAACCUGACGCAAACCAACGUGCCAUUUCUGCAAGAAACUGAGAUAUGUGACAGCAGGCUUGUGGAAAUGCGUCACAGUUAUGUCAAGCGUGUGUUGAAAACCUUACUUAAUGGCUCACAGAAGACCUUUCAGGUUUUGCUCAACGACUGUGCUACCAAUGUGCAUUUAUGCGACGAGGGAGUCGUCGACAAGUUGAUGUCUAUCGCCAGGUCUGUGGUGAUCUCAAAUAAUGCACAUUAUACACGUGUCUCCACACGGACGUGUCAACUCAUAAUUGCCAUUGCUAGUAACAGCAAAGCCAUCUAUCCCUAUCAUUUAGUUUCGGUCGAUAAAUUGACGGAGUUAUUGCUGGAAUUGCUGCUGGGCAAGAGCUUCAUACAUCCGAAUUUAGAGGUGCUUUUUAAAGAGUGCGUGCUCAAAUUGAUGCUCCGCUGGCCGUCGGUUGCCGACAAGUAUAUACCAACGUUGGAGAGCGUGCUUAUAAAGAGCGAAACAGGAAACGUUGCUUUCUACAAGAAAAAGAUAAUGGCGGUGGAAUUGUUAGUGUGUAUUCAGCCUAUCUUACUUUUCCAACACGAAACCACACACAUGCUUUCGAUGCAGAAUGUUUUACAUUAUUACGCUUCGCCUGGUUCAAUUAUCUGGCAGUUAAUAGCUCGAGCCGUUUGUGCCCUCGCGAGAUCGCAGAAUAGUUCUCUGAACUUCGCCCCUUUGACCGAACAUUACGGAGACUCGUUAUUACCUUAUUUACCCGCUAAUCGCGAUGCUAAUACGAGAGAGAGAAGAAACACGAAAAGCACACUGCCUAUUAUCGUUACAAGCAAAAUGAAAUACGUUAAGGUCAGACCAUUGCUUAACAACAGAAUGCUGUGGGAUCGACAAACGGCGUUUCCGGAUUCUACGUUGAGAGGACCGAGACGCGAGAUAAGAUUUGCGUUCGCUGGCGGUCGUCCGGUUCCACCAAAUAACUUGAGACGUGUCAGCUUAAGAGCCGAUUAUCAAAUUCUAAAGAGCGACUUUCAAGCCACUCUCGCUCAAGUCGCACCGCGCAGGUUACUUGUGAUUAAAGAUAAAAAGAAGAGUCCCUACAAUUAUUAUAAUUUGGCCGAUGUUUGUCUGUAAAUGAUGCAUAAAGAUUAGACAUGUAAACUUCACCCGGACAUUUUAGCGUUACGUGUACAGCGAGUAUAUAUCGUAAGUCAUAUUCGUUAUGUGUUGUAUUAAUUAUAGCUGCAGACCGUUUCUGUAUUGAUUAAAACUCAGAAAGGUUGUCAUCUUCUCUUUCAUGGAACUUCUUUCAUUUUUAUAUGAUUUUUAGAUACCAAUCUCUAUUAGUAUCUCGUUAAUCUUUUCUUAUUUUCUAUAACGUGAAUCCUCUCCACGACGAAAGAGGUUCCUGAAAGUUUCUAUGUCAACCUUUUACCUUAAAUGAAGAUUUUUUACUUUGUAAAUUAUAUAAAAAUUAUUUGUACGUAUAUUCAGUGCGGAGACAGUAUGGAGGGGACGCUCCUAAAUCUUACGAGUUACAUUUGUGCAA